CGCACAUUUUCAUUAAAGCGGUGUGUAUGACAGAUCUUUCACAAAACGCCAAAAUUCGGCAGAUAAUCGUUUGUUUUUCGCUGCUAUUUCUAAAAUAAUUAGGCAGCCAUGACGAUUGGAAAGAACAAUAAAAUGAUCCAGCACCUUAACUAUAGGGUGCGGAUCAUGUUGCAAGACUCGCGCACUUUCAUAGGCACAUUCAAAGCGUUCGACAAACACAUGAAUUUAAUACUUGGAGAUUGUGAAGAAUUUCGUAAAAUUCGUUCGAAAAACUCCAAAGUGCCGGAACGUGAAGAGAAGCGUGUUUUAGGUUUCGUGCUGUUGCGUGGUGAUAAUAUAGUCUCAUUGACCGUCGAAGGACCACCACCACCAGAGGAGGGACUACCGCGUGUGCCGAUGCCCGGUGCAGUUGCUGGACCUGGGUUAGGACGUGCUGCUGGACGUGGUGUGCCRGUUAAUAUUGCUUCGGCACCGGCUGGUUUACAAGGACCUGUGCGAGGUGUAGGCGGUCCAGCUCAACAACAUAUGACACCAAUGGGUAGAGGCGUACCACGAAAUCCCAUGAUUGGUGCACCCUUACCCGGUAUGGUGCCCGGCGUGAUGCCACCAAUGCCUGGUGGUAUGGGUCGUGGUGGCCCACCACUACGUGGACCACCACCCGGCAUGAUGCGCGCCCCACCACCGGGACGUGGCGGUUAUUAAUUGUAUUCAUAUGUAUUUUCGAUAAAGUCUAUUUUACCUAAAUAAAUAAAAUGAAUUAUGUAAACACUG